ACAUUUAACCAUUUAUAACGAAAUAACCUCGAAAGACUAUCAGUGGACUCCUAUAUAGUAAUGUUUCCUUUGGGUUGCCGUAAGAGCUUCUUUACAACAACGUAACACAGCUGAUCGUCGUACAAGAUGAUUCGUUCUAGGAUUAUCUCGAAGCUGGGGCGUCCUUCUGUCCGCUACUACAGCAUUGGUGGCUUGAAUGAUGUUGUCAUAGUCAGUGCUGUUCGAACCCCAAUGGGUUCUUUCAGAUCUUCAUUAGCAUCAAUGCGGGCACCAGAGUUGGGCGCCAUUGCAAUCAAAGCAGCUGUUGAACGAGCAGCAGUAGAUCCUCUUGCUGUCCAGGAGGUUUACAUGGGAAAUGUGUGUCAGGCAGCUGCUGGUCAGGCUCCUACAAGGCAGGCUACUCUAUUUGCUGGCCUUGACAAAUCAACGCCUUGUACAACAAUCAAUAAAGUAUGUGCCUCUGGAAUGAAGUCCAUCAUGAUGGCAUCACAGUCCCUGAUGUGUGGGUCUCAGGAGGUGAUGGUGGCAGGUGGGAUGGAGAGUAUGUCAAAUGUCCCUUAUUACAUGAAACGUGGUGACUCUCCUUAUGGUGGUGUUCAACUUAUGGAUGGUAUCGUGUUUGAUGGUUUAACGGACGUAUAUAACAAAUUCCACAUGGGUAACUGUGGUGAAAACACUGCCAAAAAGUUGAAUAUAUCCCGCGAUGAACAAGAUGAAUAUGGACUGUCAAGUUACAAAAGAUCAGCAGAAGCGUGGGCUAGUGGAGCAAUUAAAGAUGAAAUAGUUGAAGUGACCAUUCCCGGGAAAAGGGGUAAGCCUAAUACUGUGAUCUCCGAAGACGAAGAAUACAAGAAAGUUAACUAUGAGAAAUUUAAGAAGCUUGCCACAGUAUUUCAGCGAGAGGGAGGAACCGUUACUGCUGGCAAUGCCUCAACCCUCAAUGACGGAGCAGCAGCAUGUGUACUGAUGACUGCUGCAGCAGCUGCAAGGCAUGGUGUGAAACCUCUUGCAAGAGUGGUUGGUUUUUGUGAUGCUGCUACUGACCCCAUUGAUUUCCCAAUUGCUCCUGCCUUAGCCACUCCAAAGUUGUUGGAGAUGACAGGUGUUAAGGCUGAGGAUGUUGCAAUGUGGGAAGUGAAUGAAGCAUUUUCUGUGGUUGUGUUAGCAAACAUCAAAAUGUGCAACCUUGACCCAACUAAAGUCAACAUUCAUGGAGGAGCUGUCUCCUUAGGACAUCCCAUUGGAAUGUCAGGAGCAAGAAUUGUAGUGCAUUUAGCCCAUGCUUUGAAGCCAGGUGAGAAAGGUGUGGCCUCAAUUUGCAAUGGAGGUGGUGGUGCAUCAGCCAUUAUGAUUGAAAAGUUGAAGCAUGAGAAGAAUUCAAGUAAACCAAAGCUGACCCUGUUUACAAAAGACCCAUGUCCACUUUGUGAUGUUGCACUCGAGGUCUUAGAACCACUGAAAGAGCAGUUCAUCCUGGAGAAAGUUUAUAUUACAGAACCACAAAAUGAGAAAUGGUUACGUUUGUAUGGUUUUGAAAUACCAGUCUUCCACUUUGAAGGCCAGUUUCUCAUGAAGCAUAGAGCAGAUCUGCCCCUGCUGCAAAGAAAAAUAAGUCAAUCAAGAGAAGGGAAGAUGAAGUCACACCUUAUGAGCCCAAGGUUCCAAGUUGGGAUUAAGUCUACUUGGGUUGUGGCCCAUUCAACAUGCACUCGGCCCAGCUGCUGUUUUGCAGAGGAAGAGAGACAGAGCCAGCAGCUCAAAAUUCAACAUUCAUCCUUAUGCCAUCUGAGUACCCUAGGUUAGAUGAUGUUUUGCUUAGGAGGAACUUGAAGAUUACAAGCUGUUGGGCAGGAGAGAAUAUUUGGGUGCCAUGACCUGCAGAGACAGCAGAUUGCAAUACCACUCAGCAUGGGGCCAACGAGGAGGUACAGAGUUAUCUUGAAACCUGGAGGGACAAACACUUGGUUGAUCACAGCAAAUCAGAUGAAUUAGAGGAACAGGCAAAGAGAUAAGCAGGUUAGUUUAGGGGCUUCUGGAAGGCAUCCUACAAGGCAGUCCAAAGGAUCUGGAACAUGAAAACAAGCUGACAGCUGAACAGCAGGGCAAACUUGUGCAUCUGCAGGGUCAACUAGCAGAAGUGAAGAGAAGACAGUUCUUCUAAAGUCUAACUAAAGCAUGACAUUGUGAGGUCUUGACCAGUCGCCAGAAACAUUAGGGCUUCCUAGCUUCAGAUUCAGCGAUCUUUUAAGCAUUUUUCAGCAGCUACUUUAUGUCCAUUUUUAGAACUGCAAAUACUAACGUAUGUCAGACACUACAAGCUUUCUAACUACUGUAUGUAUUUGAAAGCUCUUCCUAAUUUGUUUAUAGAAUUGUUCGCCAUUUUAUAUGUGUGAGAAAACACAUCUGACAGUACGCAUAUAUACAUAUAUAGAUGUUGCCUUGUCAAAUGCUACUUUUCUGCUCGUAAGAGUUUUUGUCCUGUCAGGUAAUUUGUGACAAAUUAGAAUACCUUGACUCUGCAUCUUAUUCACUACAUCGUAUACUGAUGACCCAGAUGAUGAUCAACACUUCCAGCCCAUCCAGUGACAACACCAUAACGGCAAGCAUCUGUCUACUGCCCUUCACAACCCACAACCAAGAGGCUCUUCAGAGCAGAGACCAUCUUCAGAUUUAAGAUGAUCUCCUCAUCCUGCAAAGCUGAUGCCAACCUCAAGUUACUGCCAGAAGAUGUUUUCAAACAGAUUGCAGAAUGGCUUGCCGACCAACGGACCAUUGUCACCUACGAAGCACUGAAGGCCUAUCUAAGGUCAUCCUUCAGCAUGCUGCCCACCCUCAGGGCUAGGAAAUUCCUAGGCUGUGUAUCUAGGGAUCACGUGUGUCAAACUUAGAGGCAAUGCUGACUUUUCUGCUUACCUCAGUAGAAGUGUGAUCAGGGCAGAAUCCUGAGCUGUCCUUGUAUCUUGGGCAUGAGCUUACUCAGAUCUCAGUGAGAACCCUGUCUACACCAGACAAACCACUUGCAGGCGAGUGAACGCUCAUCAACUCUCCACUAAUGAAGGAGCUCAUUCUAAGCAAGACCUACAGAUUUCUUUCUUCUUAGAAGGAAGAAAGGGCAAAUGCAACAAUGUGGAAAGGGUUUGAAGAGGAGGAAGAUAUGCAAGCAUUACUAAAACUUAAUCCAUCCACGCACGCAUCUUACUUUCUUAGCUGCAGUAAGACAUGUUGAAGGCAGGUGGUAACAUGAGAGGUGUAUGGCCAGUGCUCCAUACCAUGGGGCAUCUCCGCAGGGAAGAUUAUUGCAACAGCAGUGAUAGACAGGUCUCUCUGAAAAUCAGAGGCAUAAAGAUCUGUAAGUACUCCAGCAAAGCUACCAAUGAAACACAGAAAAGCAGUGGUGAAUGAUGAAUAUGGCCUGCAGUCUCGGAUGAGGAGAGCAUGGCAUAUCUACCCAUGUUGGCUCCUUGUGGGAACACACUUGUCUUCUAACCUCAUUUUAAAAGCACCCCCCAGACGAAGAGGAAGAAGCUGCAAAGAUUUGUUGGUAUCAAAGUUGAAGUAAUCCUUCCCUGAAGAUCUAGUGAUAAUUUGUGGCUUAAUUUUGCUGCUGCCAAACCUCUCCAAUGCCAAGACCAACCAGCAUACUUCUUGCAUGACCUAGCCCUGCAGAAAAACAGUAUAGAUCACUCUAAUGCCAAGGACAUAAAAAGUGGUGCAUCCACUAUGAUCAUUCACAAUUUUUAAGGUUUGAUUUUUAUUUUCAAAUCCAUACUGAACGAAAAAUACAACAUACAUCCAACACAAAUGGGUGAAAAGUCUCUACUUUGUGGUCAGCCGAAGAAACUGUACUGACUUACCACACAAGUGGUGUUGGUUUGCACUUCAGUAGGAACAGUCUUUAUGCAAGGCCCAAUCAAAAAGUUUGAAUUUUACAUCAUGUUUAAUUAAAUGAAAUCUAUGAUACACAGUUGACAAAUAUUCCACUCAGAUGAGCACUUCCAGGGAGGAAUACCAAGUGGCACUGACUGGACACGUCACAUUUAACUCCAGUCAUUGUUGAAGAAAUGAGUCAUGAACAAGUUCUAAAACAUACAAUAACUACAAAUUUACUUUAGCUCAUAAGAUGACUGUUGGCUGUGGAAGUAUUGGGGAAAUCAAGCCUAUUACAAGUGUUUCCCACAUAAGACACCUGGGGCUCAUUCACUUAAAAGCUGAAUGCUGUUACAAUUCAAGUAGGUAGUGUCAUUUAUUUGGUGAAUUUAUUUCAACAUUGAGCAAAACGAUUUUUUUUAUGUCAAAAUGGAAUCGCCUAAAUCAGCCAUUAAUAUAACAUGCAAAAGCAAAUUCCCUUGACAGCUUAUUUGAACAAUACAAAUAUAUGCAGUUUUCCCAGCUGAAUCUGAUUGCAUUGUGUUAGUGUAAGUCUAAGUGAAGUGAUCUCAGGUGCAAACAGGUAUGUGAAUUGUCAACAAUGUACAGAUGAUAUUCGAAAAUGAAUAUCUUAAACUGGGUACGUUUCUUACGCAACUACUUUCAAAAGUAGUCUGUGAGAAAUAAAAUUGUAAGUUAGUAUUUAGCUCUAUUCUUAUUAUUGUAACCUAUCAUACAUCUAUUUACACAAAAUAAACUGCAGCAUAUUUGAA